AUGCUGCUCAACACAUGUUUUGCGGCUUCCUUGUUGGUAGCUUCUGCCCAGGCCGCGACCACCGCAUGCCGUUGCUUCCCAGGUGAUGCGUGCUGGCCAGUGGUAGAUGUCUGGACUCAAUUCAAUCAAUCUGUAGACGGUCAGUUGGUGGAGAAUGUUCCCCUUGGUACUCCUUGCCAUGUCCCCAAUUACAACGCGGAGGAGUGCGCGAAGCUGCGAAACGGCUGGCAGCUUCCUAAAGAGCAGUAA